AUUUGUCAAACUCGGAGUAUCAUUUUGGUAAUCUGAAAAUCAACCGAGCCCCGGUAAAAGUAUAAAAUACACAGAAAACUUAAACAAAAUCCCUAACAGCAACAACUCUAAACAAUAAAUACCCUUCAAAUCCUCAAGUUCUCUCUCUAGAAAUCUUUCAAAUAAUUCAUCAGAUUUUUUUUAAGCGUUGAAAAAGGAAGCUUGACAGAGCAAGUACAGAAUAAUGACGGCUUCUUCAUCAGCUGAAGCUAUUCCAGCAAUGCAGGAAAUUAUGUUGGAGUUUCGUGCUGGUAAAAUGGUUUUUGAUGGAAAAAAGGUUGUUCCUGAUUUGCGAAAAGGACUAGUUCGCGUUGGAAGGGGUGAGGAGGGCUUGCUUCAUUUUCAGUGGCUUGAUAGGAAUUUGAAUGCUGUGGAAGAUGAUCAGAUUAUUUUUCCUGAAGAGGCUGUUUUUGAGAAGGUUAAUCAAGUUUCGGGAAGAGUUUACAUCUUGAAAUUCAAUACAGAUGACCGGAAGCUUUUUUUUUGGAUGCAGGAGCCAAAAGCUGAAGAGGACUCACAAUUAUGUAGUUCUGUCAACUAUUAUAUCAAUCUUCCAUUAGAGUUCCUUGAUGAAGAAGAGCCUGAUGCUGCUGCUCCUUUGCAAGUUUCUGAAGACAUGCUUGAAGAUAAUGUCUCAUCAAGGGCUGGAGACUUAGUUGUCCCAAACCUUGGUGCAGAAGCAAUUAGUGAUGUAACCUCUUCAUCAGGACCAGUGAAAAUGGAAGACUUGCAGAGAAUCCUGAGUAAUAUUGGUGCAAGAGGUGGUUCGGGUGAUCCAGAUGAAGGCUUAGGAUUAGGGGAUCUACUGAAGCCUGAUUUGAUAAUGCCAUUGAUUGAGACAUUGUCUCUUGAAGAAGGAUUAACAUCUCACUUACCUGAGGGUCACUGGACUCCAGAGGAUAUCUUAGAUUUGUUGCAGAGCCCUCCUUUCCGUCAGCAAGUGGAUUCUUUUACUUAUGUUCUCCGAACUGGACAAAUAGAUUUGUCUCAAUUUGGGGUCGACCCCAGUAAAUACAAGUUCACAGUUUUAUCUUUUCUGGAGGCACUUGAAGAUUCAGUUUCCAAAAUGUCUGAGGAAUCCACCCAAGAGGGCAAGGAUUUGAGACCUCAGUCUCAUAACCGCGACGAUCCAAUGGACGAGGGCAAGUAGUGGAGAAAGAUUCAUGCACCCCUGUUGUUGUGUGUUUCUCAUGCUCAUUCUACUGUACAAGAGAACUUUUGCCGCCUUAAGUUUUCUAUUUAGACACUUUUCUGCCGAUGGUAAGAUGGGGAAAAUGAUGGAAAGGUGAUUGUCUCUACUUCAGUUUACCAACAAUUCGGUGCAGGCGUACAGUACCUUUUAGGAUUUUAAUUUGUUUUAUUGAUAGGCUAUACAUUAAAAUUACGAGUCAAAUCUCACUAUCAAUAUUGUCGUCAUGUUACGUUGUUGAUUUAAAGCACAAUUCGGUAAAGGCGUGCAUCAUGUUGCCCUUUUGAUGA